AUGGUUCGAUUUUUAUCAUUAUCCAUUUUAACAUAUUUUGUUUUGUUGGUUAGAAAUAUAUCAUGUUUUAUAAACUAUAAAAAUAUAAAAGCUUACAAUGUGAUAAAAAAGAAUAAUAAUAUUUCUAUACACAAUGAACAUAUAAUCAAUAAAAAGAGUGUAAAUGUUAUGGUCCUUAAAUUUAAUAAAAAUAAAUAUCCUGUUAAAUUUUUAAAGAAAACACAACUUAAUACAUUACCAAAUAAUAAAUCUAAUUUCACAUUCUAUGGUGAAACAGAUGUAACACUAUUUGAUAAGCUUAUGGCAUCGACUGCUUAUAUUCUUCCAUAUAUAGAUGCAAUUCAAGCGUAUAUGAUGCCCCUUUUAAAUAUGUUACCACUUCAUUUACACAAAUACCUUUUUUUAAUCGAAAAAUUUAACAACAUAUAUGUAUCAAUUCCUUUCUCUUCCUUUGCCACUUUCAUGGGCUUAUAUUUUAUGUUUGUUAAAGAAAACAAAUUCAAUUUUCAUUAUUUUAUUAAAUAUCAUCAUAUGCAGGGCUUAAUAUUGUCUAUGUUUGGAUAUGCCUUAGCCUUAUUUUAUUUUCGAGUUUUUCCAUAUUCAUAUAAUGAUACAGAUAUAUUUAAUUUAACAGUUUUAUAUUCAAGUAUGAUAAUUUAUUUUGGAUCAUUAAUUAUUCCUUUUAUGGCUUCUUUAUUAGGAUAUUACAUCGAAAUACCAGUUAUAUCAGAUGCCAUCAAAUUACAUAUUGGAGAUAAAAAAAAAAAAGAAAAUAAAGAAUUAUAA